AGAAUUAAAUUAGUUUCUUUGCAAUUAUUUUGGAAAUUAUUAUGGUUAUUUUGUGGGGUGGGUAAUAUAGUUAUCCGUUGGUGUAAUGACAUUAAAGAAAAUUGGAAAAAUGUCAACAAAAACCCAAAUAUCGACAGAGCUAAGCGAAAGCAUUAGCAAUGUUUUGGGGAAAAACGUUAAAAUUCUGUACAAAUCCCUCAUACGUAUGGAAUCAAGAGGAGACAAAAACGACAACAGAGUCUUGGUUGUGACAGCAUUCAGAUUGUUUAUCACUACAACAAAAGUACCAACAAGGGUAGACAAUGGAUUUCACUUAAUGGAAAUAGAAGCUCUGGAAAGCAAGAAGGCCAACCAUUUGUCGAUAACGCUCAUUCAUGAACAUAAGCCUGUCUCCAUUCUUAUAGGCGAAGAAGGGUCAUCGGAAGGUGUGAUAAACGUGAUCCACGCAUUAGCAGCGGCAUUCGAUGACCUGUUCCCCGGUGUCGCCGUAGAGGACAUCAUAAGCAAGGUGAACCUUCCAUUUCAAAUACAACCAGUUACCGGCACGAGGAAACACUCAACUUGCGGCGAUUUCUCAAAUCAAUAUGCAGCGAUGUGCGAUCUUUGCCAAACGCCCUUCAGAGCUGAGGUGGCGUGGGAUAUAGAUACUAUCUAUUUGGCGCACGAUAUUCGCAUGCUGCAUUUAAAAGACUUCGAUCAUUUGGACCAGAGAGAUUUGAUACCCCUUCUAAUCGCACUACAACAUAACACGUGGUUCACGGGGGUAUGUGGCGAUGGGGUUCGACCGGGGGGUGAGGCGUGGGAGGCGCUGUGCCGGGUGGUGCGCUGCGCUGCACCUCCGCCGCAGAACUUGAGCUGGCGCGGCUCCGGUCUGCGCCACGACCACGCUGCCAGAUUGGGCCACGCACUGCUGCGGGCCAGGACGGCCCCUGCUAUGCACACUGUGGACUUCUCGCAGAACCAUAUUGAAGACAAAGGUGCUAUUAGUAUUCUCUCAGGGUUAGCGAACAACCCGUGCGGGUUGCGUUCUAUAUCGCUGUCACAAUGCGGUUUAACUGGCAAGACUGUGGUGCAACUAGCCGCCAUUUUGAAUGACAACUUGUGCCAUCUUAACACGCUCUCGCAUUUAGACUUGUCGCAUAAUAAUCUAAAGGAUGAUGUACAUAAUUUGUACAACUUUCUCGCUCAACCGAACGUUUUGACGCACUUAAAUUUGACGAAUACAGAGACCACGUUAGAAAACAUGUGGGGUGCCUUGCUGAGGGGCUGUGCAGCACGUCUGUCGUCGCUGCUGGUGGGCCGCAACCCGUGGUCUGCCGUCCGCCGGCCCAAAGACCCCCCGCCUUCCUUUCGCCAGUUCUUCACCGCUUGCCUCGCCCUUACGAAUCUCGACUUCUCUUAUUGCAAAAUGCCGCCAGAUGCUUUAAAGAGUUUGUUGCUGGGGCUAGCAUGCAACGAGAGCGCAGCUGGAGUACAACUAAACCUGUCAGGUGUACUGUCAUCGUCACAAGUCGCACACGUUUUGGAGUCUUGCAUACAUGGUGUACGGUGUUUGCAGUCGCUCGAUCUUUCUGAUAACAGUAUGGAGUUCGAGCUAUCUGGCAUCGUGCGGGCGAUAGGAAAGAAUCACUCUAUCACACAUUUGUCGCUUAGCAAAUUGACAGGGAAGAGAGCGUAUGCGCCGCCAUUGGUUCAGGCAUUAGUUCACGUGCUUCAGGAGCCAGACACAGCUUUGAUGUCAUUAGACCUCAGUGAUUGUAAACUCAAAGGUGACCUGUAUGGACUACUCAACGCACUGGGCGGCGCACGCCGACUGCGUACGCUUGACAUCGGAGGCAACUUGGCCGGUGACGCCGGCGCGCGACUCUUGGCCAAGGCUCUGCAGUGCAACUGUACUUUGCAUACGUUGUACAUUGACCGCAAUGCGUUUAGUUUACAAGGUUUAAGCGACAUAGCGACAGCGUUACGCCGGUCGGUGAGCGUCCGCCGCGUUGAGUUCCCGGGCUGCGAUGCGGCGGCAGGGGGUCGCGGCGCCUCUGAACGCGUCGCCACGCUUUGGCGGGAGCUGCACGAACGAUUAGCCAGCAACAGCAUUCCGACUCAAUCGCAUACUCUUCGCGCGAUGUCCCUGGAACGAGCGUGGUCUGGCGGAGAGGCUGCUGCGGCACUGGCAGCUCAAGCAGCAGCUGCGUUGCCGCCGCCGCCGUUGCCCGCUGCACUGGAAAGGGCUGCUAGUCAUGUGCAUCAGAUACUGCAUCAGUAUUUACAGGUGCUGCCGGCAGGCUUCCUGGAAGCUUACCAACUAGAUGGCCAGCCAGCAUCAUCUGUUUGGUACAGCGUUACCUCAGGCGAAAGUACACCAGUUCUGUUGGAAUGUGGUUCAAAUGAAGUCUCCCGUUGUAAGUCAACCGACAACGUAGGACUGAAAACAUCCACCACACCCCCGCCUUCUCGGUCGUCGGACAAUGUGAACACAAUGGAAGGCGUGGAGGCGUGCGUCGGCGGCAGCAUCGUGGGAAUCACGCCCGGCGCCGCACUAACCAGCUCUUUAUUACGAGAUCACCCUUUAACUCCAGAGGGUACUGAAGCCUAAGCCAAGCACAGGUGCAGUCCAUCUGAAGUUGAGAGAUCGCGUGAUAGUUGAGCAGGGUUCCACGUCCAAGGGUAACGGUAAAGCGGAUUUAUUCGGAUGCUCACAAUCGU